GAGCCUUCUUGAGUUUUUAAAAUAAAUAGUUUAAAAAGUUUCCGAUACAAUGUGUUCACUUUACGUAAUCUGAUUCCUUUCUUCUUCAAACACUUCAAGAACUAUUUACUUUUCUUCUUUCAUACAUAACUCCUACACUCCAACACUUCAAGAACUAUUUACUUUUCUUCCUCGUACAUAACUCAUACACUCCAAGCUUUCAUGCUCAAAAUCUCCCUAGUCUUUUUUUGCCAGAAAAUCAUCAAAGCACAAUGACACCAGAUCGAACAACUAUCCCGAUCCAUACCAGUCCCGUGCCCCGAGCCCAACCCAUGAAGCGUCACCAUUCGGCUAGCUACUACGCUCACCGUGUCAGAGAAAGCCUCUCAACCCGGAUAUCGAAAUUCAUCUGCGCAAUGUUUCUCUUGGUUUUGUUCUUUGUAGGCGUCAUUGCUUUCAUACUUUGGCUCAGUUUACGCCCUCAUCGACCUCGGUUCCAUAUCCAAGACUUCGUGGUACAAGGUCUAGACCAACCUACCGGAGUCGAAAACGCAAGAAUUGCUUUCAAUGUAACUAUACUUAACCCUAACCAACAUAUGGGUGUUUACUUUGAUUCCAUGGACGGUUUCAUUUACUACAAAGAUCAACGGGUCGGGUCGAUCCCGUUGCUAAACCCGUUUUUCCAGAAGCCGACUAACACAACAAUUGUGACCGGGACGCUUACUGGAGCUUCCUUAACGGUAAACAGUAACCGUUGGACCGAGUUUUCUAAUGAUCGGGCUCAAGGAACCGUGGGUUUUAGGCUAGAUAUAGUUUCAAAUAUUCGGUUUAAACUCCAUAGGUGGAUCAGUAAGCGCCAUAGGAUGCAUGCUAAUUGCGAUAUCGUGGUUGGACGAGACGGGUUGAUCUUGCCCAAGUUUAACCAUAAACGGUGUCCAGUCUACUUCACUUAGAUUGAUUAAUUCAUUGGUUUGUUGUUUGCUGUUUUCUCUUUUGUAUUUUACUUUUCCUUUUGAAUGAUUUUGCUUUCUUUACGUUUUGUAACUUGGAUUUGGGAGUUUG